AUGGCUGCAGGCCCCAGAACUCUCGGAGAUAAAGCAGAUGACAAGGACUGGAUCCCUGUCACCAAGUUGGGCUGCCUGGUUAAGGACAUGAAGAUCAAGUCCCUGGAGGACAUCUACCUGUUCUCCCUGCUCAUUAAAUCAUGCCAGUGCAAGAAGCAGACUCAGGCCGGCCAGAGGACCAGGUUCAAGGCUAAUGGGGACUACAAUGGUCAGAUUAGUCUUGGUGUUAAGUGCUCCAAGGAUGUAGCCACUGCCAUCCAACAAGCCAGCGUUUUAGUCAAGCUUUCAAUUGUCCCUGUGCAGAGAGGCCACUGGGGGAACAAAAGCCCCACGCUGUUCCAUAGACAUGGGCAUAAUCUCUGCCCCUGUGCCCAAGAAGCUGGUAUAGAUGGCUGCUACCCAUCAUCAUCCAGGGACUGCACUGCCACCCUGCACAACUUUGCCAACGUCACCUCAUAUGCCAUUUCUAAGACCUACAGCUAUCUAACCCGUGACCUCUGUAAACAGACUGUGUUCACCAAGUCUCCUUAUUGA